CCUAACCCUAACCCUAACCCUAACCCUAACCCUAAAAUAGGGGUCAGAGGUCACAGACACCGGGGAUUUAUCUGGAUGUUAUUUAUGAAAUACUUACCUGGAUUUGUUUGCAGUGAUAUACUUACCUGUAUUUGUUUGCCGUGACCUUUUACCUGCGGCUGGUUUGCAGUGAUUAUUUGUUUUGUGUGCAGUGAUUACCCAUGAAUAUUUAUUUUGAUAUUUUUUGGAAUGAUUUGUGUAACACCAGAUAUUUCCCUUGGUGAUCAGUGGAGUGACUGAUGACUGCAGGUGUGAGCAAUUGCCCCGCCCCCUGCAGCACUCAAAUAAAACCUCCUCCUGCCAAUUGCUCCAUUUGGCCUCCAGCUGAUGAGGGGACAUCAUGCUGUUGAGAGUAAAAAAAUGUUGAAGCUCAGACAAUACAUGCCUGAAGAGGCCAAAGAAGGCCGAAACGCGUCGCAUGUUGAAAAUUGUAUCAGUGGUUGAUGUGUCUGACACCGCGUUCGAUGGUGUUCAUUUGGGGUCCCUGGGGGGUGUGCGUCUGGUGGGGUGUCACUGGGCAGACCGUUGAUGGACAGUGCCUAGCCCCUCCCCCUAACCCUAACCCUAACCCUAACCCUAAUUCCUAACCCUAACCCCCAACACCUAACCCUAACCCUAACCCUAACCCUAACCCAUUUUUUUAUUUAUUUUUACAAAGCGAACAAACCUUUUUUCGCUUACCAUUCCAACACCAUCCAUACCAAAGACAUAUUAAAAUAAUUUUACAAUAUGUCUUACUUCGAGUACGACUGGCUUCCGGUCAGGUCGGGGCGAAGACGCGCACCGCGACGUCAGGCUGCGCCUUCAGAGUGGCUCGCCCAGGAUGAUGAACGUUGUCAUUAUGAAUAUGAGGAUAAUUUUUCUCAGUGGUAUGAGCAGCGGCCCCAGAGGUCUUAUGCGGAUGUAGCACGGGGACGGCAGGAUUCCUAUCCGCUUCGCCCCUACCCGCAGACACGCCGCCAUUUUGAUGAUCUACACCAAGAGGAGCGCCGCAGCGCCCCUCAGUGGAAUUAUAGGAGAAACACACGCCCUGCCCAAAAUAGGAAUUUUGUGCCUUCAAGACAGCACUCUCAGGAGUACUUUAGGCCACAAUAUUCACCUCAAAGACGUCCCCGCUAUCCUCCUCCCCCCAGGGGGACACGGAGGAAACGCCGGGAUGCUUCCAGGAGGAAUGGGCGCUCCCGUAAUACUAGUAGAGACAUGGACUCUAGGCCUCCCAGACAUUAUUCUCAGGACUAUUUUUUACCUGAAUAUGGGCCUCAAAGACGUCCCCGCAAUCCUCCCCGUCCCAAGAAGACACGUAAGAAGCGUCAGGACGCUUCUCGGAGGAGUGCACCUCCUGACAAUUCCACAAUGUCCAUGGAGGGGAAUUUAAAAGCACAGUGUUUUUAUAACAUUAUCAAAAUAACACAUCACUUGAAUAAUGUCACAAAAGACACUCACCCACAGUCCAUAAUAAAAAUGGAAGAGACGCUUGCCACCAUGAUUAAACCAGCGGUCUCCAACCCUGACGUUGAGACGCUUAUCAGGUGCAAUGCCAAGACUUGGGCAUCAAUGACUGUUGAGGUUUUAAGAGACCAUUAUAAAAACACUCUACAAGUGGAAUUGGACAAGAUAACCAGUUUUAUUGAUGAGGUCUGGAGACCCGCUUUUCAGCUGGCCUCUACAUGGGCCAAGAAACAUCUGGGACGCAGACUGAUGGGGGACACCCUCGGGAAGGCCGAGGCGCUGAUCGUCGCGGCCUUCGCCGACCCCCCUGUCAACGCUGAGGUGGUACGCCCGGCCCAGUCCUUGCCGGUCCAGACCGCCACCCGGGUAUCGGUGGGCACCCAUACUGACCCUACGGGCCCUGACGGGGCUCCUGGGGUGGUACGGGCUAGCAGCCCUCCGGCUCGGGUCGUCGCCCGGGUCUCGGUGGCUACCAGCACCGACGCCGUGGCUCCAGAUUGGUCUCCUGAGGUGGAUCGGGAAGCAAUCCCUCCAGCACGGGUUGCCCCGAUCUUCCUUCCUCGUCGACCGGAACCACCCAAGGAGCAGAGGGUGACACAGCCCCGGGCCACGGACAGCGGGCCUGCCCAGGACACCCUCGGCGAGGCUCCGCCCACCCAGCUUAUUCCUGCAUGUCGCAGGAGGCUUCCUCUGGGAUCACCUGCAAGACAAGACACACAGGAGACCCCCACUCAGACCGAGGACGACGAUGACUCACCACGGGGGCCCACGGCCUCCUCGCCUCUCCUGAUCGACCUUCGGGAUGAAGAACAGGAGCGGGGGCUUUCUUCGGUGAUGUCCCCUCGUUACUCUUCCGCGACCCCCGACUGGUCCCCUCUCCAGCCUGAGACGGCAGAGGAGACGGCACCACAGGGUGAAUUUUCACCACGGGGGCCCACACUUUCCGGGGCUCCUAUGGUGGACUAUGAGGACUCACCCUUGCAGCGGACGCCUCCUCAGGAGACGCCCCCUCAGGAGAUGCUUCCUCAGGAGUCCCCCGAUUGGGCACACUUGUUCCCUGGGGCCCUAAAAAGGAAGCCACACAAGAGGCCUUCUGUCCCAGAUACUCCACAACACCUGUCUAUUCCAGAAUGUGUCGAGUUGGUAGAGGAUACGACUAGUGCCUCCCCCCGUAGACCCACUAGACACAUGGUCUCGAGUAGGAGGAUGAUGGAUUGGAAGUUGUCGGCCAACAAGAAAUUCUUGGUGAUCGGCGACUCCAAUCUGUCCCACCUACCACCUUUUUACGUCGACGACCUUCAGAUCGACAGUUACCCGGGCGCCAGUUUUAGACACGCGGAGGCCAUCCUACGCAAGACCAUAAUUGCUGCACCGGUUGAAGUGUUGGUUCUAGCCUUUGGGAUCAACCAUCGUGAGCAGAAAGUUAAGGAGACUGCUAUUAAGCAGCUCCAAGGGGCACUCAGGAUGGCCGCGGCUACCUUCCCACGGGCCCGAGUGCUAAUCCCCCUGAUUAACUAUUCGGCCGCUUUGCCCGUUGAGCAGAAAAACAACCUCGGGCAGCUGAAUAGUUUAAUCAGGAACAAUUAUGCUCACAUCCCGGCUCUCGACAGCCGGGACUUUGAGACCCAACCCGACCUGGUCCACUGGACUCGGGACACGGCCAAGUUGAUGCUCAAGCACUGGCUUGACUUUUUAAACUUGGCAUCCCCAUAAUCCCGAUCGCUCGGGGGGGUAAUAAGAACGUGAUAAAUUUGGCCCAUAAUUUCACGCCAACCCCCUUACAAAUCUCCCUCCUC